AUGUCAUUCAAGGAAUUAUUACUAGAAAUUGGCCCAGAACAUUUGUUACCUGAGAAGUUAUUGCCGUCCUUCUUACAAUUGAAGCCGAAUGAAAUUGAUCAAAGUGUUGCUUUAAUAUUGGCAGAAAUUUUGAUUCCCGGAUCUCAAGGGUUAUCAAAUACUAAUGGCGGCGUCACCGGAUUAACGUUAGCUAACAAUUUACCAGAAGCCAAUGCUAAGGGUGCACAAUUACAGGCAUGCUUACGUUCGAUUGAUUCGGAUUCUAAAUUUAAUAUAGACUGGUAUAAAGUUUUUUCUCAUGUUCAAGAAAAUUUAUUUGAUUCAUCCAAAAGAAAUCUUCAACCAUCUGUUGCAAAUAUCACUCAACUUUUGUCAUCCUUAGAUUUCAAAGUGGGUAUUAUAGAUGUCUUUUUGAAUUUUGAUUGGUGGUUUAGUAAAACGUUGUUGUAUAUUUUGCAAACUUUGGAUCCGCAGCAAGGUGGUUAUGAUGUGACUGCGCUGAAAAACAUAACACUUUGUUUUGAUAACGACGACGACGAUGAUAACGAUAAUGAUGACAACAAACAACCUCAACAAAGAAGAAAUAUUUUACGUUUUGUUAAUAUUGGUAAAUUAGAAUUAUUGGUUUUGACUAAGGUUUCUCAACAAAAUCAACAAACACAAAAUCAGGUUCCGGAAAAGGAAAGAAAGUUAAAUAUUUAUUUAAGUCAGGUAUUUGAACAUGAUUAUCGUGUAUUCCCUGAAUACUUAAUUGCUGCGGCAUUAACUAUUGUGGACAAGAAUACUUUUAUCAUUGACUUAAUAGAUACAUUGUUCACGUUAUUGAUGGACAGUAAUACACCAGCAUUGGAUAAAGUAUUGAUUAAAUUCAAGGAAUUAGACGUUCAGUUGGCUCUUAAUAAAUUGAUCGAUUAUUACACCAAAAGGGCAACGCCUGAAGCUAUUAACAAAAUUGUUAAAACGGCUACAAAGUUAGACUUGAUUGAUGAAUUACUUGAGAAACUCUUACCAUUGAAUUUUAAGUUGGGAUUAACAUUUGCGAUCGAUGCCACUAAUUAUGGAUAUGAUUGUAAGCGAAUUAUUCAAGCCAAUUUUCAAGACAUGCAACAAAGGGGUCCACUCUGCCAAUCAUUAUUAGAAAUUUUAGAGGCUAGGGCUACCCAGGAUUACGAAAGAAGCCAACAACCACAGAUUAAUAAUGAUCUUUACAAAGUAUUGAGGAUUCCUGUCGUAUAUUACUUGUUGGAAAAAUUGAAAUCUAGUAAUGGUCUAAUUGAUGCAGAUAGAUUGAAAAAUUUGCAAUUACUGCUUUUAACCACUUAUCCGAGACUUAUUAAUUUUGGUUGUGGACAUGAUGAAGCUAUUUUAGCGAAUGGUGAAGACUAUAACUUAUUUCCUCCUCAAGUAGAACAGGAAAUGAAAUCUUAUUAUUCUAAGAUGUACAAUAAGGAAAUGGAAAUUAAAGAUAUUGUUGACAUGCUAGUUCGCAUGAAAGUAAGUGACAAUCCACAUGAUCAAGACGUAUUUGCAUGCAUGAUUCAUUCUUUACUUGAUGAAUAUAGAUUUUUCUCAGAGUAUCCGUUAACUGCAUUAGCAUCUACUUCACUCUUGUUUGGUGCUUUAUUACAAAAAGAUUUGAUUCAGGGUACUACAUUAACUGUUGCACUAAACUUUAUCUGGGAAUCAUGCAAUCAACCACAAGAUUCGCAUUUAUUCAAAUUUGCAGUUCAAUCUUUGUACAACUUCAAGUCUAGGUUACAUGAAUAUCCAAUUUAUUGUAAGCAUUUAUUAGAAUGUCAAUCUUUAUCGGCUCAUGCCAAGAUGUUUCAAAUAGUAAAAGAUGCAGCUAAUGGUAUUCCAUGUCCUGAUUCGUCUGCUCCAUCAGGCAGUCAACCUCAAUCUGCGGAUGGUACUGGUGUAUCAUCAAAGACGCCAGAUAAUUCAGCACCAUUGUAUCAAUCUAUCACUGUUUCAGACAAGCAAAUAGGUUCGAUACAACAAGAAAAGCCAGCUGAAAGUAUUUCAGACAAAUUGUUAUUCUUCGUCAAUAAUAUGACUGAUGAUAAUUUGGCAUCUAAAUUGCCUGAAAUUAAAGAUUUGUUAUCAGAAAAUUACUUUUUAUGGUUUGCCAAUUACUUAGUUGCGGAUAGAGCGAAGGCGGAGCCAAACAAUCAUAAGCUAUAUGCUACCCUUGUUGAGACUUUGGACAAUACAAUUUUCUACGAAUAUGUGUUAAAUUUCUCUUUGAAAGAAGCUGAGCACAUAAUCAGGAAUUUUAAGGAUUCAUCCAUUGAAAGAGUUCAGUUGAAGAAUUUAGGUUCUUGGCUUGGUAAAAUUACUUUAGCCAAUGAUAGACCUUUGAGAAGAGAUCAAAUUGCAUUAAAGUUCUUAUUAGUUGAAUCUUUUGAUUUCAAGUCUUUGCAUUUAAUUAUUCCAUUUGUUUGUAGAAUUUUGGACCAAGCUCAAUAUUCCAAGAUUUUCAAUCUUCCUAACCCAUGGUUGCUAGGGAUAAUCAAAGUAUUAGCAGAACUUUAUGAAUGUGCGGAUUUGAAAUUAAAUUUAAAAUUUGAAAUCGAAGUUUUAUUAAAUGUAUUUAAAAAGAAACUCAAAGAUAUUGAACCAUCAACUAUAGUUAGAAGUCAUAACCCAAAUCCUACUGCUUUAGCGGCUAUGUUUGGUAUCCGCCCUGAGACGGUCACUUUAACAAGUGAUAUGUCAAGGUUGGCACUUGAUUCUUCAGAGCCUUUUGCUCCAGAGGGACCAAAUGUGCAGUUACAACAGCUUCAAUUACAACAACAAGGUCAGGGUCAAAAUGUUCCUCCUGCUCUUCAACAGGCCAGGGGAAGUAUUGAUGAAGUUAUAUCUUCAGCAGGUGGAACUGUUCCAGGUCAAAAUGCGCCAACUACGACACAGUUGGAUACUUCGUUUAGUACAUUAAUUGGUAAUACAAUUUUCACUCAGAAUCCUAAUUUGAGACGCGCAUUUCAAGCUUCAUUAUCCCGUGCAGUUCGUGAAUGUGCAGUUCCUAUUUUGAGUAGGGUCUCUGAAGCAGUGUUAACUACGACAGAAGCUAUGAUCAGAAAGGAUUUUGCUUGUGAGCCAGAUGUUGCUAAAUUCCGCAAGGGUUAUCAAAGCUUAGCCUAUCAAUUGUCUCAUAGUAUGGUUGUUUGCAGCGGGCGCAAAAUAUUAAGUGAAACUAUCGAAGCAACUAUGUUACAACUCCUUGGCAAUCAAAUCAACCCUAAUGAAUUACCAUUAGCAGAAUUGUCAUUGGCUGUUCAAAGCAAUGUUGAUUUAUGCGUAGAGAUCGUGGAUAAAAUUGCAGCUGGUAAUAUAAGCGAAUUGAUCGAUGAAAAAAUGCAGAAAUAUAUUUUGAAUCGUGAGAAGCGCAAUCCAAAUGAGCCUUUUAUAGAAGAAGGCACAUCCGAUUAUGCUUUGAAGUUACCACAACCAUUGGGUUUGAAGCAAGAUGGUCUUAAUGCCAAUCAAUUAAGAAUAUAUGAAACUUUCGGUACAAAUGGCCCGGUAGCGAAUACUGAUUCGAAUUUGAGUGGACAGGCUCCUGUUCAAGCUGGUGCUAGUACUAUUCCUGAAGCAUCGCCAGCAGUUAUGGGUGCGGCAGCUCCUGUCGGACAAUUAACUCCUCAACAGCAAUUAGCACUUUUACAACAAGAAGACACAACCGUUUCUAUUGAUCAACUCUUUACAGCAAUUACACAGAAUUGUGAAAAGGCAAUUCAAUUAUUGAAAGAUGCAACGGAGACAAAAUUGGCAGAACUUACACCCGAGCACCCAAUUAUGAUCGCUUUGACACAUGCUUUAACUAUAGCUCAAAGUAAUGCAUUGAAAUAUCCUGAAUUAUUAUUGAAGGCCGCACAAUAUACUGUUAAUUGUCUUUUCACGCAAGGACACGAAAACCCAAUGAGUAAUGAAAUUUAUGUUGUUGUUUUAGAUAAGUUAUGUGAGUACUCCCCUUCUACUGCUAAAGAUGUUACUUGGUGGCUUGUACAUUCUUCAGAUCAAAGGAAAUUUAACAUGCCUGUUAUUUUUUCAUUAUUGAAAGUUCAAUUAGUUCAGCCAAUCAAAUUAGAUGCUUCAAUUGGAAGACUUAUUAAUGAGUCGAACAGUCCAGUUGUAGCUAAAUUUGCCGCUAAUUUAUUAUUGAAUGUUUUCAGUUCAGAGGAAUUAAGACCAAUUGCUUUAAGGUCAGAAUUUGGUUUCACUUUGGAUGCAUUAUCUAAAUAUGAUGGUGAUGAUUCGACAGACGAACAUAAAUUGGCUAAACAAGCUCGUGACAACUUAUUUGAAUUAUUAGACAAGUCAGCGCUUCCCUCAUCAACGGCGACAGAAACACAGCCUGAGCUUUACGGCCAAAUGGGUUAUAUAUUCGCUGAAUGGAUCAAAUUAUUGGCACAUGGUGACAAUAGUGAAUCAUUGCAAUCUCAAUUCAUUGAAAGCUUAUUGCAUAACGAGAUUUUAACUGAUCCAGAUUACUUCGAGAUUUUUUUCAAGGCCGCUACUGAGAUUUCUGUUACAUCUUUUGCUACAGAACAUGAAUUAAGAACCAGAACGCAACGUGAAACCUACCUCGCUGUUGAUGCAUUAGCAAUUUUAAUUGUGAAGGUAAUAUUAAGCUUUGAAAAAGAGAAUUCUUAUGAAGCACUUGAAUAUUUGAAAAAUAUUAUCGGAAUAGUUAUUUUGGUAUUGACAAAUGAUCAUGAAACAUUCAAAGGAAGUUGGAAUGAGCGUGCUUACUUUAGAAUUUUCUCGUCCUUAUUAUGUACUUGGAACGAUGCUUCAAUGCUAGAUGAAAAGGCUACUAUCCAUUUAGAUGAUCAAUUUUAUCCAUUCAUCGGCGAAGUUUUCAACUCACUUCAACCUAUUGUCUACCCUGGGUUUACUUUUGCUUGGAUAUUCUUGGUUAGUCACAGAAUGUUUUUACCAAGAUUGCUUGAACUACCAGAAAGACGUGGCUACAGCAUUGUUGUCAAGUUAUUGACAGGUAUUUUGAAGUUUGAAUCCAUUUAUUCGAAAGACGAAUUUGUUCAGCAUGAUGUUAUUAAUGUUAUUUUUAAAGCGAUAAAUCGGAUCUUUACUGGUUUGGCUCAUGACUAUCCUGAAUUCUUGGUAGAGUGUCAUUAUCAAUUAGUGACAGCUAUUCCUGAUAAUUACAUUCAGUUGAAAAAUAUAAUUUUGUCAGCUACUCCGUCCAAUAUUCCGGUUAUCGAUCCUUUUACUCAAGGCUUAAAGGUGGAACGAUUACCUGAAAUACAUGAUUCGCCCAUUAUUGCGUACAAGCCAGUUGAAGAUUUAGUCAAAGUUGGUUUGAAAAAACCAGUCGAUAACUUCUUGCGUAUUCCAGCACCUACUUUAAUGAGAAGUAUAUAUACUGGUAUGAAAUUAAAUCACCCUAGAGAUCUGGCUGAUUUUGGAUUCGAUACUGUUCACUACAAUGUGAAAUUAAUUAACACAUUGGUAUUACAUGUUGGUAUAUCAGCAGUUGCGGAUAGAUUGCCAAAUAACAGGGGAUUCAAUACUAAAUCAUCGAAUGUAACGUUAUUGGUGGAUUUAAUGAACCAUGGUUCCCUGGAAUUCAAAUUUCAUUUAAUAAAUGCCAUUGCUAACCAAUUGCGUUAUCCGAACAGUCAUACACAUUGGUUCAUUGGAAUCAUUUUACAUUUCUUUAGCUCGAACUCCAUUUGGGGUUCUGCUGCAACCAAGACGACAGUACAAGAAUUGAUUACUAGAGUCUUAUUAGAGAGACAUAUUGUCAACAAGCCUCAUCCUUGGGGCUUAACCAUCGUAUUUACGGAAUUGGUAAAGAACGGUGACUAUGGCUUCUUUGAUUUGCCAUUUGUUAAGGCCGCGCCUAAUGAAUUAAAGGUAGUUUUUGAAGCUUUGGCAAGAAAUGUCAAAGGUGGUGUAACAUUACCGGCUCAAUCAGCCACUGAAUCAGGUCCAUCUUCAUUAUCGGAAGCUCCUGCUUCUUGA